AUGAGUAGUACUAGUGUUGUUGAGCUAAUUUUGAAGAUGAUAAUUCCAUGUCUAAUUAUGGUGACAUUGUUAUCUUCUUAUGCAUGUGAUGGUCUUCAAACAUUAAGUCCCUCUCCUUACAACCAAGUAGUUGAGAUAAGAAACAAUUUGGAGGGAAAUGUUGAACUAAAAGUUCACUGCAAAUCGAAAGAUGAUGAUCUUGGUAUUCGAGUUCUCAACUUCAACGAAACUUUUACUUUCACUUUCUUGCGCAACUUUUGGCAAACGACUCUCUUCUUUUGUGGGUUUAGAUGGGAAAACGAGUUUCACUGGUUUGAUGUUUUCACUCCUGAUACACCUACCUGUGUGUACCCUACACCCUGUUUGUGGUUCGUCAUUGCUAGCGGACCAUGCAAAAUAGAGUAUGGUUCAGGUCCUUUGUUUAGUUGUUAUCCUUGGAAUAAAGACUCUUUACGUUCUAAGAUGAUUGAAUCAAAACUUUUUCCUCAAUCACCUAUUUCUACUACUACUGCUCCUAUCCCGUAUUAA